AUGCGCUUGGUGAAUACAUUUGAGCUCUGCUUUGGAAAUUUAGAUGGCUACAGUGAAGAGCAAACCAGCAUUAAGUUGCUUGCUUUGAGCCUAUGCCAGUCCAUUGUUUCACUUGCUGCUUUUAAGGGUAAAACUAGACAGUUUACAUGCACAGGCACAAUCAUACAGCACACAACAUCCAGCAUGAGCAUUCUAACCUCUGCUAGCUUGAUUAGAUCCCCUGAAGAUGAAAGUAAGAUACUUGAUAAACUGGAGAUUAAGGUGCGCCUGCCCAAUGGCAAGCUUGUUGUAGGAAAACUGUGGAAAUAUAAUUUUUAUUAUAAUAUUGCUGUUGUGAACACCAAGGCUUUUCCAGAACUUCGUGCAGCAUGCUUUCAUAAUGAGGUGACAGCUAAUGUCAAAUUCUCCCAAAGUAAACUGGUAGCUAUUGGACGAGUUUUUGAAUCUGGAGAACUAAUGGCUACAGGUGGGACACUGCUGUACAAAACUUGCAAAUUCGAUUGCCAGCAACUCAUGGCAUCUACUUGUAAGACCACAAAGGCUGGAAUUGGGGGCCCCAUUGUUGCUGCUGAUGGAAAAUUCAUAGGCAUGAGCUUUUAUUAUAAGGAUGGAGCUCCUUUCUUACCAAUCACUAUCCUCCAGAAAUGCUUAAAGCACUUCAAUGAAUUUGGGAGAGUUCUGCAGCCAUGGCAUGGUCUGAGGAUUGGAUCACUUCAAGCUGAAAAACUGUGUGUCCGUGAAGAAGUACAUGACAGCUUCCCCCAUGCACAUGGCAUUUACGUACAGAAGGUUGUGGGUGGAUCCCCGGCAGCAGAUUCUGGAAUCAAAGCUGGCGAUGUAAUUUCCAAGCUUGAUGACUUUUCGCUGUCCAAUGCACACAAGUUCCAUGAGCUGAUUUUGGACAAGGCAGAGAGUGCUUUACGACAUGGUGAAGGAAUGCAUUUUACGGUAUCUGUCCUAAGGCCAAGCAGUGGUUUUCAGUUCUGUGCAACUAUCAGUGCUGAAGUUAUCGACACAAGCAAACAAAACAUGAGCAAUCAAAACAAGAGCAAGGAAAACAGUGUUAGAUGGCCGGUACCCAAGACGAAGUGGCUAUAUCCAGAUGACGUACGUGAUGCUGAUAUGAUGCCCCUUGUUCGGAAGUGUCGUCGACCUGGCUAUAUAUAUGAAGCCCCCUUGACCACUGACUUAUCUAGAUACACAAGGCUCUGAUGAAUAAUCAAGUUGAGCAAUCUUGUAGGGCUAGUCAAGAGGAGUUUGGCAUUCUUAGGGAACCCUAUGUGAACGUUUUUGUUUUCUGAUCCAUAUUUGGCGAAUAAACGGCAUGUUACCCACCUGUAUGUUUGAUUGUUUUAAUGCGUGUAUGAAAAUUACUAAGAUGGGGUCGUGAGAUGUAAAGACAAAGUGCUUGUUUUUGGCAUGUUGUGAUA